AUGUUGACGUCUACCACUGGAAUGACCCAACCUUCCCCAGCAUCGCCAGAUUCUUCUCCCCCCGACCAUAACAAGGGUUCCUCCGACGACAACGAAUUGGAGUACGAGCAACCUCUCAGUCUUUCUUUCCUUAGCCUCAAAGGCCAACGGGCUCACGAACAUGACAGGCAGAUACAGAAACAGGCGAGGGAUUUCGCUCAGAUGCGUGCAAGGAAGGGGAGAGACUACUCCUUAUCAUCAUCCGGGAGAGUAGGGUGGCUUCCUAUUCCUAGCUAUUUCGGAUAUAAGACCUCGAGCUCUUCAGCACCACCUCCUUCAGAGGUCAUCUUGGGACUCGCAAAUGAUAGUGUUGCGCAUGUCGAAGAUUGGGUUGAGCACGGCUUCGGGUCUCCGCCUACUGAGAUCCGGCGGGACCAGCCAAGGAGUUUUUGUUAUGGGAAGGAAGCGAAGUUGGCGGAUUUAGUUACACCUGUGAGGAAGCCAAGGAAGCGUCGAGAAACUGACUUUGAGUUCGUACCCCACAUUCGCUCGGUCAUUGUUUUGGAUGAUAUUGUUCAGAUGAAGGAUGUGUCCGUCGUUGACGAACCUUGGGAACAUGUUGGCGAAGACGAGAAACCCACAUAUGCGAACGUCGUUGCGAAUUCCGUUCCGGAUCAUCCUCUUUAA